AUGUCUCUUCUCUCUCUUCCGCCGGAAAUGAUUUUGCUCAUUUCAAGCCAUUUGAACUCGCCAAAAGACCUUCUCAGCUUCCUCCGAACGAGCCAAAAGUUCUACCAUCUCUUGAUCAAUGAGGUCUACCAACAUAUAUACGCUCGGAUGGUGGAUCGGCCCUUUUAUGCUCUUCUGGAAGCAGUUUCUACCAAGCAUACCAGUGUUGUACAAGCGCUUCUAGAGAAUGGGGCUUUGCCAGAUGUGGCCGAUGCCCGAUCUAGAAGACCCUUGGUUUUGGCGACAAAUGGUCGUAGCGACGUGGCGAUCACCAAGUUGCUCCUAGAGCACGGCCGCCAUAGCCAAUUCCGUUGCGAAUCCAAAGUGGUAUUGCUUUUGAAGCAUGGGGCUGAUACACACAUCUUGGACCGCCGAACUGGGAUGACCCUCGUGCACAUCGCGGCUUCUAAGAACGCUACCCUCGGAAUUAUCAACAUCCUCAUAGGCUCCGGUGUUCAAUUGGAGUCUCAAGACAAUAUGGGCAGAACGCCACUUCAAGUAGCAGCUGAUCAUUCAUGCACCCGCGCUGUGCGCCUGCUAUUAAGCCUUGGCGCCAAUCCGAACUUCAAAAACAAUAAUCAGUACUGGAAAGGUUGGAGUGCACUUUUCUACGCUGCAACAAAUCCAAGCAUUCCCGGGAAUGGCAGAAAAAGCAUCAUUCGAACACUAUUUCUUCAUGAGGCCAAGCUCGAUGCUAAAAAUCACGCUCAGAAGACGCCUCUACUCCAUGCCAUCUCUCAGAGCGCCAUUCAACAGGCGCAAGCUCUUGUUAAAUGUGGUUCCAGUAUUAUUGCUACAGAUGCCAAUGGAGAAACGGUCCUCCAUUUGGCUGCUUCGUCAUCGAGCUGCUGUCCCAGUAUGAUGGACUGGCUUGUGGAGUACAGAUGUUGA